AUGGCGGGCCACGGCUACGAAGCCUAUCUUGAUCAUGCCUCUGAAGACAUCUUCAUUGUAAUUCUUGAUACCGGCAUCUGGCCUGAGAGCUCGAGCUUCGACGAUACCGGAACGCCCCCAUUACCCUCCCUGUGGCAGGGUAGCUGUGAGGAAGGUGUAGAUUUUAGCACUUCAAUGUGCAACCGGAAGCUCGUCGGUGCAAAGACCUUCUCGAAGGGGAUGGCCGAAGUGGGGAUACCCGAAGAAAUUACAUCAGCACGUGACCGGGAUGGCCAUGGGACCCACGCUGCUUCCAUUGCAGCAGGCUCGCAUGUGCCGAAUGCAAGCCUGUUUGGAUAUGCGGCCGGCAUGGCCCGUGGAAUGGCUCCAAGGGCCCGCAUCGCCGUAUAUAAAGUGUGCUGGGAGUUGGGGUGCUUCGGGUCUGACAUCCUUGCGGGUAUAGAUGCUGCGAUUGCUGACGGCGUUGAUAUCCUCUCACUCUCAUUGGGCGGGGGACCCGUGCCGUACAAGAAUGAUCCUAUCUCCAUGGGAUCAUUUGCGGCCGUUGACCAUGGUAUCGUCGUUGCGUGCUCUGGAGGAAACGAUGGGCUGGAGCGAGGUUUAGUAGGCAAUGUGGCACCGUGGGUUAUAACAGUCGGAGCGGGGACACUCGAUCGGAGGUUCCCAGCUUACGUUAGCCUUGGCAAUGGGAAGAAGUAUGCCGGUGUGUCUAUAUAUAGCGGGGAAGGGAAGGGCACUAAAAUGCGCUCCAUAGUUUAUAACGUAAGCAAGGGUGCGGUGGUUGGAUCAAGUAAUCUGUGCUUGCCUGGCACGCUGGAUCCCAAUCUCGUACGUGGGAAGGUGGUGAUCUGUGACAUGGGGCAGAUCUCACGCGUGGAGAAGGGAUUGGUGGUCGAGAAGGCACGUGGGGCUGCCAUGAUCUUAGUCGAUGCGGUGGCCGAAGGGGUGGAGUUGAUAACAGACAGCCAUUUGCUGCCGACGGUAGGGGUGGGGAGGACGGCCGGUGAUCUGAUUAGAAAAAUACGUGCAGUCAUAUCAGAAUCCGACGGCUGUAGUUUUGGUGAGACUGUUUUGGAUGUGAAGCCUUCACCUCAGGUGGAUGCUUUCAGCUCGAGGGGGCCGAAUGCUGUGGCGCCUGAGAUAUUGAAGCCAGAUUUUAUCGGACCGGGUUAG